AUGCCACUCGACUGGUUGGAGAGGGGUGAAGUGAGGGUCAGGAGUUUAGGCUUUCGCGCAGCUCAAUCCCUUGCUUGUUGUUUUCGAGCCGGAGCUCGCCGGGUAGUUAAGUGGGUCGGUGUUUGCAAAAAUGUCGAGCCGACGGGGUCAGGUACCAGUAGUGACAAUGGCAAAGGGGGGGAGCUGGACACUGCUGAACCGGAAGAGAUUGCUCAGGAUGAGUGUCUGGGUAACAAAGCCGAGAAGGGUGUAGUCAAGAUUAACUCCCAAGGGUCAAUCAAGCCUUUGAAACUAGUUCAAAUAGUCGUCACAGUCUUCGUUCCUGCUUUCAACGAUACUUUCUUAGCUGCAUCAGCUUGUAAAACUCUCUCUCCUUCACCAGGAAAGGGAGAGCGGACAAAGUACCAGACGAUUUUGGUUGGGUAA